AUGGCGGCGCGGCUUCGCAGCCGAGGCGUGAUCCGAUUCGACGGUCGCGAUGCGAUCAACUUCCUGCAGGGCCUGCUGACCAAUGACGUCACCCCGUUUCUCCAGCAACCCCCCCCGGUGGCCUCCCCCGUCCCCACGCCCAAUCAACCCGCCAGCGUGCAUCCGCCCAUCUACUCCGCGCUUCUCUCCCCGCAAGGCCGGUUUCUCUACGAUCUUUUCCUCUACCGCCCGCCACACUCGGAUGCGGUGUCGAGUCGGUUGGAUCCGACAGGAGCCGGUCCAGAUACAGGCAACCCAGACGCACCUGAGCUCCUGGCGGAUGUAGAUGCAGCGAACCUGGACGACCUGCUGGCUCACCUGAAGAAGUCCCAUGCUCCCCUUACCUUUGCACCCCCGUGUCAUCCCUGCCGCUCCUUCCCCCCCCUGCCAUCCCCACGCCCCCUUAUCCACAGGCACAAGCUGCGUGCCAACGUGUCAUUCGCUGAUGUGUCCGCUGACGUGGCAGUAUGGGCGCACUUCCACUCGCGCCUCUCCUCCGACCCAGCACUCCCAGACGAGGCAGCAGCGGGCGAGGGGUUGGGGUGGGGCGGCAGAGUGGAUCAGGAGAUGUUGAGUGGUGAAGCCCUUCCCUUGGAGUGCAACCUAGCAGCACUGCACGCCAUCAGCUUCACCAAGGGGUGCUACGUGGGGCAGGAGCUCACUGCCAGGACUCACCACAGGGGUGUGGUGCGCAAACGACUCAUGCCAGUCCGAAUCGUGCCGUCCGGGGAAGGAGGUGGAGAGGACGUGAGGGAGGGGGUUGGGGAGGUAACAGUGUCUUCAGGGGCUGAGAUAGUGGAAACAGUUUCUGGGAAGGCUGUUGGACGAGUGAAUGCGGUCCUGUGCGGUUCUGAGGGUGAUGGCAGUGGUGCUGGAGCUGGUGCUGGUGGUUCAAAGGAGUUGACAGGUUUGGCGCUGCUGCGAUUGGCUCAUGGCCUCAACCCGGGAUCACAGCUGGCAGUGAAAGCAGGGAACGGGGCAGCUCUGAAAGUUUUGCCGAGCCACCCGUACUGGUGGCCAAGGGAGUGGGGCAGCGAGGAAAAAUAG